CCUUUCAUCUCUCCAACACAUCAACCAACCAACCAAACACACACUCAUCAUUACAACCACCCAACUAACACCCUCUCACAACCUUAAUUUUUCCAAAAUGACAAAACACCCUCCUUUUCCCACCUCACUUGCACUUCUCUUCUCCCUAUUGCAUGCAACCGCUCUAACAGCUCUAUCUCCGACCACCGCACCCGCCGCCGCCCCAACCCUACCCCAGCCGCCUCCCACCGACAACAAUCCCGGCGCCACCGACAUAGCAUCAAUCCUAACACAAACGAACUCCUUCAACAUCUUCCUCCGCCUCAUGAAAACCACGCAACUGAUCAACCAACUCAACUCCCAACUCCUAACCAUAAAAUCCGGUGGCUUAACCAUUCUCGCACCCGAAGACGGCGCCUUCUCGGAGCUCCCACCGGGCUUCCUCAACACGCUCUCCGACGGUCAGAAACUGAAGCUCGUCCAGUUCCACGUCCUCCCGGACUUCAUCUCCAGCGCCAGCUUCGACACCCUCACCAACCCCGUUCGAACCCUCGCCGGAAACAAGCCCGGGAAGGUGGAGCUCGACGUCAUAAGUUACGGGGGCAUCGUUAACAUCUCUACGGGACAAGUUAACACCACCAUCAAUGGGAUCGUAUACAUGGAUAAGCAUCUUGCUGUUUAUAAGGUAGGUAAGGUGCUUCUUCCUUCCGAGUUUUUCGCUACUAAGAAGAAGACAAUCGUUGCUGCACCAAUUCACCCGCCGGCGCCGGUCACUGAAACGGCGAAGGCCCCUGAACCGGCAAAGGUGAAGCCGCCGUCCCCCGAAGCAUCGCCGGCGUCGUCGACCCAGGUUGUUCCCACUGUGACCUCUGGAGGUGUGAGAAUUGAUGUAAGUGGAACUUGGGUGUUCCUUGUUCUUGAUGUUGUCUUUUUGAGGUUUCUGAAUAUAUAGGAAUGUGAUGUGUCUGAAUAUACCAACCAAUUGAAGAACUAACUGUUAUAUAUGUUUUGAUGGGGUGAUCCUUCUGUCUCUUUAUGUAUUUGAAUCUUUAUGAAUUCAUAACUCUUCAAAUAAACGAGUGUUAUGCUACUUUA